GAGAACACAGAGCCGGUGUCACCCGGCCCCAUUCUGUACUUCACCGGUGCUGAAAGGCAGAUGGGCUGAAAGAAAGAGAGCAGGAACACCAUGGACGAGUCCAGAGAACAAACAAACCCACUCCUUAGCAGGGGUUUGGAUGAAGAGGCAAUAGUUGACCAUGGAAAGACAAGCUUCUCAACUCUUUCAAACUAUGAGACAGAUGAUUUGGAAAGUCACAGAGCAGUGUACGUUGGGGUCCAUGUUCCACUUGGAAGAGAGAGCAAACGGAGGCACCGCCACAGAGAACGCAGGCAUCAUCGAAAGAAGAAGGACAAAGAACCUGAGGAAGGAAAGGAGGAUGGAAGAGAUUCACCUAGUUAUGAUACUCCUUCACAGAGGGUCCAGUUCAUUCUAGGAACAGAAGAUGAUGACCUUGAACACAUCCCACAUGACCUCUUCACUGAGCUGGAUGAGCUGUCCUCUAGGCAUGGUGGGGCAACUGAGUGGAGAGAGACUGCCAGAUGGUUGAAAUUUGAAGAGGAUGUGGAAGACGGUGGAGAGAGAUGGAGUAAGCCCUACGUGGCCACAUUAUCGCUACACAGCUUAUUUGAACUACGCAGCUGCAUACUAAACGGCACAGUCAUGCUGGAUAUGAGAGCCAACAGUAUUGAGGAAAUAGCAGACAUGGUCAUAGACAACAUGGUGGCAUCUGGGCAGUUGAAAGAGGACCUGCGCGACAAGGUCCGGGAAGCAAUGUUGAAGAAACACCACCAUCAGAAUGAGAGGAAGCUCAGCAAUCGCAUCCCUCUGGUGCGCUCCAUUGCUGACAUAGGCAAGAAACACUCUGACCCACUCUUGCUUGAAAGAAACGGAGAGGGCCUUUCAUCCUCACGCCUCUCUCUCCACAAGCCAGGGUCAGCCUCCUCCGUCUCCAACCUGUCCCAGAGACAGGAGUCAAGAGUCUCCGUUCUACUCAACCACCUCCUGCCGUCCUCCUCUUCCAACACUGGGCUGUCUUCUGGCCCCUCUCCCUUCAGCACCCCUCAAAACACCCCUUCAUCUUUUCGCCGCUCCAAUCUAAGCCUGUCACAAACCCGUUGCACGGGUCCUGGCCCUCAAGGCAUCCCGGAGGUGGUUGUGUCUCCUCCCGAGGAUGAAGAGCCGGCAUAUUCUGCAGAGGAGGACGCAGUAUCUCCACAGCUCACCCGGCAAACAUCCUCAACAUCCCAGAUCCAUGAGCUGCUGCCCUUAGAAGGACCAAUGGCAUCUCCCCACUCUCUUCCAAACAAUCUGGAUGGAAAUAAGAUAAUGGAGAGGAGGCCGUCCAAAGUAGGGGUCAGUAGAGAAAGCAGCAGUGUGGACUUUAGCAAGGUAGACAUGAAUUUCAUGAAAAAGAUUCCUCCUGGUGCUGAGGCCUCCAAUGUGCUUGUUGGAGAAGUGGACUUUUUAGAGAAACCCAUAAUUGCAUUUGUACGGUUAUCCCCAGCAGUCCUCAUCACAGGUCUCACUGAGGUGCCAGUUCCCACAAGGUUUCUUUUUCUUCUUCUGGGUCCACAUGGUAAAGGACCACAGUACCAUGAAAUCGGCAGAUCAAUGGCAACGCUAAUGACAGAUGAGAUUUUCCAUGAUGUGGCUUAUAAAGCCAAGGACCGUACAGAUCUGCUGUCAGGAAUAGAUGAGUUCCUUGAUCAGGUGACUGUCCUUCCCCCUGGUGAAUGGGACCCCACCAUCCGAAUCGAGCCCCCGAAGAAUGUCCCAUCUCAGUCAAAGCGGAAGAGACCAUCGCAUCCUAACGGCAGUGCACCUCCAGCUGGAGAGCAGGAGAAAGAGGAUGAUUACCAUACAGGACCUGAGCUUCAAAGGACAGGGAGGAUUUUUGGAGGUCUGUUCCUAGAUGUAAAGCGGAAAGCUCCCUUCUACUGGAGUGACAUUAAGGAUUCAUUUAAUCUUCAGUGUUUAGCCUCCAUCCUGUUUCUGUACUGCGCUUGCAUGUCACCUGUCAUCACAUUUGGAGGUCUGCUUGGAGAGGCAACAAAAGGCAACAUAAGUGCAAUAGAGUCUCUUUUCGGAGCAUCACUGACAGGAGUGGCAUACUCACUCUUCUCAGGACAACCUCUCACAAUUCUUGGCAGCACAGGACCUGUUUUAGUGUUUGAAAAGAUCCUAUUUAAAUUUUGUAGUGAUUAUGGUCUAUCCUACCUAUCACUACGGACCAGCAUUGGACUGUGGACGGCGUUCCUGUGUAUUGUGCUGGUAGCCACAGAUGCAAGCUCCCUGGUCUGCUACAUCACUCGUUUCACAGAGGAGGCCUUUGCAGCUCUCAUUUGCAUAAUAUUCAUCUACGAGGCCCUUGAAAAGCUAUUUCAUCUCGGAAAACAUUACCCUGUCAACAUGCACAACAAUUUAGACAAUCUUACUUUUUACUCGUGUCAGUGCUCUCCACCAGCCAAUAUCUCUGAUCAGUCCUUGCAGAACUUGAACCUAACGGAAUAUAACAGCUCGGACUCAAUCCCUUGGAGCAACCUCAAUGUUUCGAUGUGCAAAUUGCUCCAUGGUGAAUUUGUGGGUUCUGCCUGUGGUCACCAUGGUCCUUACAUCCCAGAUGUCCUGUUCUGGUCUAUUAUCCUCUUCUUUACCACCUUCUUCUUGUCUUCAUUCCUCAAGCAGUUUAAGACAGAGAGAUACUUUCCCACAAAGGUGCGUUCCACCAUCAGCGACUUUGCUGUGUUUCUAACCAUAAUGAUAAUGGUGGUGGUUGAUUAUCUGAUGGGGAUCCCGAGUCCUAAGCUGCAUGUCCCUGAUCGCUUUGAGCCAACAUCAAAGAACAGAGGCUGGCUAAUGGACCCAUUAGGAGAAAACCCCUGGUGGACGCUGCUUGUGGCAGCAGUUCCUGCUUUACUCUGCACCAUCCUCAUCUUUAUGGACCAACAGAUCACUGCAGUCAUCAUCAAUCGCAAAGAGCACAAGCUAAAGAAAGGUUGUGGCUACCACCUGGAUCUACUGAUUGUGUCAAUAAUGCUGGGGGUCUGCUCCAUUAUGGGCUUGCCAUGGUUUGUGGCUGCGACUGUCCUGUCCAUCUCCCAUGUUAACAGCCUGAAGGUGGAGUCUGGUUGCUCUGCUCCAGGAGAGCAGCCCAAGUUUCUGGGCAUUCGGGAGCAACGGGUCACUGGGUUCAUGAUUUUUACCCUCAUGGGCUGCUCUGUGUUCAUGACCUCCGUGUUGAAGUUUAUUCCCAUGCCAGUUCUGUAUGGAGUCUUUCUCUACAUGGGUGUCUCUUCCCUCAAAGGCAUUCAGUUCUUUGACAGAAUCAAACUGUUUGGCAUGCCUGCAAAGCACCAGCCGGACCUGAUCUACCUACGCUAUGUGCCGCUGUGGAAGGUCCAUAUGUUCACCCUUGUGCAGCUCACCUGUUUGGUGCUACUUUGGGUGAUAAAGGCCUCUGCAGCGGCUGUCGUAUUCCCAAUGAUGGUUCUAUCUAUCGUGUUUGUGCGGAAGCUUCUAGAUCUUUUGUUUACAAAGAGAGAGUUGAGCUGGCUGGAUGACCUGAUGCCAGAGAGCAAGAAGAAGACAGAGGAUGACAAGAAAAAGAAAGCGCGAGAAAAGCUGGAGGAAGUAUCCAGACUGGAGGAAGAGGAGAGGAAACUGAAGGUCCACUUUGAAGGCUCAAACAGGCUAAGCAUCCCAGUCAACUCGUUUUCAGGGAGUUCUGUUUCUGAUGCCUUGGUUGUAAAUAUCUCUAAUGAAAUGGUCCAAACCUCAGUGUGGAAAGCAGUGAAUUCCAGGGCAGAGUUCUGUGUCCAGCCUGUGAGGCAUUCAGGAAGCCAAGAGAAGGUGGCGUGUGUUAGAGUUGAUGUCAGCCCAGAUUCCCCGGGAGAGGGCUCAACCACAGAGACCUUCCUGUAAUAAAGAAACACCCACUGACUCUACUGAGCCGUCAAUACUUUCAUGCUCAGACGGUGCCUCAUCAACAUGGCAAAGAGCAAGGCUGAACUGGAGCAGUACUACCCACCUGCUGGAAAAACAGACGAGCUCCCACAGAAACUCAUAGUCCUGCGUGUUCAGCACAUGUGCUUAGAUGCACAUGAUGCCAUACAUCUAGAAAAGUACAAAGGAAAUCUGAUGUUUCCCAUUUAGGCAGUUCAGCUCAACUAUUUUAAACAUAGAUGCCAAAGGAAGGCACUUUCUCAUGAAGAUCUGUCAGGAUUUUGCUUUCAUGUAUUGUUUGGUGUACAUCCAGAUUUAUCAGUAACAGUCACAGUACUGUACAUUUUUUGUUUUACCUCAUUUUUUUUUUUAUCUGAACAAUAGUUAAGGUUUUUAUUUAAUCAACAUAGAUGUCGACCAUGAGUCGAAACCAGGAGAUUUUAUCUUAAUCAACCUCGACUGGAUAGAAACCGAAAAAUUUUAUCUUCACACACACUAUACCAAAGCACUACCAAGUUGAAGUAACAAACAUUCUUGGUAUUUAAAAAAAAAAAAGACACAAAGUUAGCUAGUUACGGUUGUGUUAAAAUCUAUCUUCAAAAAGGAAGCACAAAAGGCUUAAAGAGCUUUUAAAAGUAAACCAUACAAUCUGUAGAGAUAAGUCGGGGUAUCAUUCAGGGCCUCCAUGAGAGAGGAAGACUUUCCACAGAUAAUAGGAAGGUGGAGCUACUGGAGCAUAGGAAUGCUGUUUGAUCUCUCUCAUGCAACAGACAGAGGGUCUGCGAGGUGUUUAAAAUUAUAGCUGGAGAAACGCAGAUCUAAAAAGCUUUUUUACAUGCCAUAGCUUAACCUGGCUGUGAGAGAGGGCAACGCUUUAAACGGAUAACAGGAAGGCUAAGCGGAGUACACCAAUGUUUGGUUUGUUCUUUUAAGCCUACAGCAUCAGUCUCUGAUAGAAAGUCAUAUAUUUUAGAUAGAAAAACUUGUUUUACAGUAAGUGCUUUCUCAGAGAGAUCUUUAAAAGCAGUUCCUGCUACAAUCAGCUAGUAGCUCAGAGCUUUACAGAAAUCAAAAACCUGCUUCAGAAUUCUGAUGGGUGCAUCUCUUGACAAAAACAUUAAAGUAAUAACCAUGAAUUUUGAUUUAUUUCUACAGUUUUUUCAGACUCCUGUUGCACCAAAAACACUACACUGUAAAACCGAAACCAUCUGCUGGGCAAACCCAGUGUUCAAUAUUUCUGCUUUGAAGUUGCUCAGUCAUUUUCACUAUUCAACCCAAAGCGCAUAGUGGAUGUUAGUGUUUUAUCUGUGUGUUUAUGUGCUGUAUUCUGUGUUAUCAUAGAAAAGAGGCCAUAUAAAGUCUGUACUAUACAGGAAGCACUUUGAUUGUAAACUUUAUGACUUAAAGCAGAUUACAUUGUUGAACUUACUUUCCUAACAUUUUUUUUAAAGAUGUACAAAUAUAAUUCUAGAGUGGUCAAUAAUUUGAUCUCUUUUAGCCACAAGGCAGUUAUGAUUACUUGCCCUCUGUUUUAUCUGUUGUCGCUGGCAUCAUAAAUAUUUUAACUGAGUAAUGAAAUAUAUUUAAGAUGCAAAAUAAAGAAUAUAAAGUAUUUGUGGACCGCAGUUAUAGUUGCACUUGAUUUUAUACUGUCUGUAUUAUUGUGAAUAUCGCUGUGUGAAAAUGUCUAGAGUUUAAAAUUGUUUUAUGCAAAAUAUUUUUACUGUAAAUGUAAAAAAAAAAGAUGAUGUUGGAAUUUGAUUUCCUUUUUGCAAAGUGAAGUCCCGUUUUAGCAAUAAAUAUUCUCUACACUUUAACAUUAGGAGUCCUGCACUCCUCGAAAUAUUCUGGCCUAAGAAUAUUUUCGUGCAGCAUUUUGUGCGUCUGUUUCAUGUGUGUGGCGCCUCUGCAAACGACAGCUCAUGGUGCCUUGUUGAUGCUCUUUAUGUGUUGUGUACCGGGCCAUGUGAUGGUGCACCGAGGGGCCGUUACAUCCGUCACACUGCUCUGUCGCAGAGGCUUCUGUCUGUCGUAUCGUUCCAUGUCAUUCUCAAGAACAUGGCCUUGUCUGUUUUUCAUUUACCUUACUAAACAAUGUGUUUCUAUGUCACAACUCCGAUGUACGCUCACCACCAAAAAAAAAAGGAAAAUUAACAAAAGUUUAUCUAAAUAAUCAGUAUAUGUUCAAUUUAUUGUGGUGUCAAUGUCAAAUAUAAAUGUGAAUAUUUACUUAUUUUGCUGAUAAUUAGAUCAGUUGAUAGAUUAUGUAAAUGAUGAAAGACCCUAUUUUCAAAGUAUCACUACUUCUCAGAAUGUAUGAAUCUGAAUGAAAAGUCUCUUAGAAAAAUGAUGUUUAGCCAUCUAAAUCACUUGGUAAAAAUGUACUUCUACUUGUGUACGGAUCAUCAGUGAUUCUGUUUGCUGACUUCAGUCAUGGCUGGUUGUUGCAAAGCAAUAAACUAAUUA